AUAAACAUCAUUCAGGGAAUCGUGGCAGAAAUCAACACCAAGACUGGGGAAUCUGAAUGCCGCUAUUAUAAAGAGCGGCUUCUUUACCUGGAAGAAGGCCAGAAAGACUCCCUGAUCGACAGCUCACGAGUCUUAUGUUGUCAUGGUGAACUGAAGAACAACAGAGGCGUGAAACUACAUGUCUUCCUGUUUCAAGAAGUGCUUGUGAUCACUCGAGCCGUCACCCACAAUGAGCAGCUCUGCUACCAGUUGUACCGGCAGCCGAUCCCCGUGAAGGACCUCUUGCUGGAAGACCUGCAGGAUGGAGAAGUGAGGCUGGGAGGCUCCCUUCGCGGGGCAUUCAGCAACAAUGAGAGAAUUAAAAACUUCUUCAGAGUCAGUUUCAAAAAUGGAUCCCAAAGUCAGACCCACUCGCUACAAGCCAAUGACACCUUCAACAAACAGCAGUGGCUCAACUGUAUUCGUCAAGCCAAAGAAACAGUUCUGUGUGCUGCGGGGCAGGCUGGGGUGCUUGACUCCGAGGGACCAUUCCUGAAUCCCACCACCAGGAGCAGGGAGCCACAGGGAGAAACAAAACUUGAGCAGAUGGACCAAUCAGACAGUCUACUCAUAUUUCAGAGCAUGAAUGAAAUGACGAGAAACAGAGACUAUGCCUGUGUCAGUGAUGCUGUUUACAGAAAUAUGAGAGGAAGAAUUUGGAAUGAGAAGCACUUCAUCAAGACCUUCUGUGGGAACCAUUUAAAGAGAAAAACAUGGUCCAGUGCCUCUGAGAAAGGCCAGAGCCUUGGGUUUUCCUGCUCUGCUUUGGGGUCGUCAGUUUGCUAUCUCUGGUUUUGUGCUGUAAUUAGAACCACAAUUACAUUUUCCAGAGGCCAAUUUCAUUAAUUCUAAUUAAUUAGGAUCAGCUAGCCAAACUAGUGACCUCUUUGUCCAGUCUUGAUUUACAGUGCAGCGUGGGGUGCAGACCUUUAAAAAAGUUAACUAAAUAUGCAGAAAAGCUCCCUGUGAGUGUAAAUACUAAGGAUGACCUGAGCAAAAUUAUACCCACACCAGCACUAGUAGUAAUGAUUCUAAAUUAUUGCCAAAAAAGUUUUUUUUAAUCUUCUGUGUCUUUCAAGUUUACAGAAAAGAAAGCAGUAAAUACAAUGUUGUCAUUUUAUUAUGUACCUAUAUAAUGUGCAUUCAAAGAAGCUGUGUGGCAAGAUUUAUCAAUAUAAAAACAAGGUAUAUUACUUCAUUAUUUUUCAAAAACAAAAAAUACUGUGGUCAAUUGUACCCUGUAAAACAUAUUUCUGUAUUUAUAGAUUUUAAACCUGGUGAAUUUUUUCUAUUACAACUUUAUUUAAAACUGCUUGGUUAUUAUUGUUUUGGCAAGUGAGGGAAGCUUCUGCAGACAGAAGCAGAGGAAAGCCAAGAAAAGUCAUUUGAUGGUGAAGAAAAGAAUGAAUCAUUCUUUGCAGGAGCCAUCGGCCACUUUAGCCAGUGUGUUGAGAAGAGAUUUGUAAAGUGUUGGACCAUGGGAAGAAAGUCAAUGAAUGUUUUAGUGAAAUGAAUGUUUUUGUAUAACAGCCUUAAACUUUUCUGGAAGCAUUUCAAAUAAAUUACAUUAAAAUGUUGUC